CAAUCGACGCACUGCAGUCUCCCAUUAUAUAAACAAGUCACUGAAGCGAGAUUUCACAUCUCAAAGUAUCAUUGCAACAAACAUUUUUCUUCCUUAUAAAGUUUUAAAUACAAUAUAGAUCUAUUAACAAUCUGAAGGAUAUAGUAGUUUGUAUAGAUAAUAAAAAUUGCAACAAAUAUGGGAGUUUUGAAGUUCACACUGCUGUCGUUGAUGUUACUGACUGUGGUUAAUGGGUUCCCCGACUAUCAAAACCUUAUUCCCAAUGGCUUUCGAGUUUUCGAUGUGUUUGGACCAUGGCCUGGAGUUGGACACAUUAACAGGCGCGGAGGUGGACAACUGAAUCCAUUUGGCAAUGAUUUUAAAAACAACAAUUUCAGAUGGACCAGGCGGUUAUGUCUCAGAGAUUCGGACGGCGACGGUCUUUCCAAUGGAAGAGAACUUGGAGACCCCAACUGUGUCUGGAUAGUAGGUCAACCUAGCCCACCUGGGCCAGUUACUCACCCUGGCUUUAGAGAUUAGAAAGUCGACACUGCAAUUUCUAAAACAAUGGAUGUGUAAACAUGGAGCUUGGACAAUCUCUUCAACAAUAAUUAUACUCAAUAUAUUGUUAGAAGAAUAGUUUAAACUACUAUACUAAUAUACAUCGUAUUUGAAUAGUUUCUGUAUGUGUAUUAUUUUCUAUAAUUCGCAUGUUUAUGAUAGAAUAUUCUCAUGUUAUCGUUUUGUAAUGACAUAUGUUAUUCAUACCCAUUGUGCAUUUUCCUUAUAUAGUCCAUGGUUGUGACAUUUUAAGAUCUAACAAAAUAGGUGACAGCUUUUUAAAUGACUCAAAAAUAUAAUGUCACUAGUUUUUUUUUAAA